AUGGCAUGCAUUCUACCCAACGGGUCAAUCAACCCGUCUGGAGAGAUCAAGGGUGGUUUUGGUUUCUACGUUGGGGAGCCUGAAGGUGCCACGUUUUCUUGGGAAGAUGCCAAAGAAGUCCUCGUCUCUUAUGCUGUUUAUUUUGAGCCUGGGUUCAAAUUCCAACUCGGUGGAAAGCUUCCGGGACCAUAUGGAGGUAGCACUCCAGAGCAGGCAUUUAAAUGCACUGGAGGGAGGAAAGAGCGACGUGACGAAUGCUUCUCCCUUCGGCUGAUGUGGAGGCAAAAUGGAACGGCUGAGGUUUAUGGGUACCUUCCUUCAGAUAACCAAACUACGCAAAUACUUUCCAAAGUACCGCCCCUUUCCGUGUUGAAUCCCAAGUAUGGGUUCAGUAUAGGGCGCGGGUCUUGGGCUUUCGUCCCUGGUCAGUGGACGACCGUUGCGAUCCGUGUUCGCCUCAAUGCCAUUGAAUCUCGGGAUGGUACUCACAUUGAAACCAAGUAUGAAGGGGAAAUUGAAGUAUUUGCGAAUGGCGCCUCCGCGCUGAAAGCUGUGGGAUUGUGA